UCUUGGUGAAAUAAAGCAGCAGCAAUGCGCUCUUUAAACUUUGUUCACCAGGUCAGCUUGGACUUCUCAGGAACCAUGUUUCCUCACGCCAUCUGUUUGGGAGACGCAGACAACGACUCGCUGAACGAACUGAUCGUUGGAGACACGAGUGGAAAGCUGCUUGUUUACAAGAAUGACGAUUCCAAGCCCUGGAUCACUAGAACCUGCGUGGGCAUGCUGACGUGCGUCGCGGUUGGAGAUGUCUGCAACAAAGGAAAGAACCUGGUCGUUGCUGUGGGUGCAGAGGGCUGGUUUCACCUCUUCGACCUGACAGCUGCCAACCCCAACAAAUCGGAUUCCUCGAGCCAGCACGAGCUCCUGUCUCUCGAUGACCAGAGGCCCUUCUUCACCCAGCAUAUUCCUGCCAACACCAAAGUCAUCCUCAUAAGCGAUAUUGAUGGAGAUGGGCGCUGCGAGCUGGUGGUGGGCUACACAGACCGAGUGGUGCGAGCUUUUCGUUGGGAAGAACCAUCUGACAGUUCAGAGGGGGGGUCCGGUCAGCUGGUUCUACUCAAGAAGUGGCUUCUGGAGGGACAGGUGGACAGUCUGUCGGUGAAUCCAGGUCCAGAGGGUUUACCGGAGCUCAUGGUGUCCCAGCCGGGCUGCGGUUACGCCAUCCUGCUCUGUACGUGGACGCAACAGGACUCCACAGAAUCUGAAGAGGACGCCCCCGCCACGCCGGGGAGCGAGGGACCUUCCAGAGACGUAGCUCUCCACCUGACCACUGGGCGAAUACACAACAAGAACGUCUCCACUCAUCUCAUCGGCAGCAUAAGCAAAGGUUCAAAGGAGGAAUCCUCAAAAUGUGGCCUGUUUGCACUUUGCACUUUAGAUGGAACCCUGAAGCUGAUGGACAGUUCGGAGCAGCUGUUGUGGUCGGUGCAGGUGGAUCAUCAGCUCUUCGCUCUGCAAAAGCUUGACGUCACUGGCGAUGGCAGAGAAGAGGUGGUGGCGUGCGCCUGGGACGGUCAAACCUACAUUAUCGACCACAAUCGAACUGUGGUGCGGUUCCAGUUCGAUGAGAACGUCAACGCUUUCUGCGCUGGUCAGUAUACAUGUAAGGAGGGUAAAAACAGCCCCUGCCUGGUGUACGUCAGCUUCAAUCAGAAAAUCUACAUCUACUGGAAGGUGAAGCUGGAGCGUAUGGAGUCCACUAACCUGCUGCGUGUGCUGGAGGAGAAGCCCGAGUUUAAAAGCCACCUGAAGGCGCUGGGAGUUGAUGCUGAGGAUCCAGCUGCAGUGAGGGAACUGGUGGCAAAUGUUCUCUACCAGGAUGCACAAACAUAGGACUGUGACGUAUGUCAUCACACUGCUUUCUGUUUUCCCUCCAAAUGUAAAUAUCCUGCUAAUAAACACUGUCUC